ACACCCCCCAUUCCGCCCUCUCCUUUCGCCUCUCCCCCAAGCCCAGACUCCGGAUUUUCACCACGGGUGUGCAGCCAAUUCGUAAGAAUUCAGCUUUCCUGCGAGCACAAUUGAAUGAGUCGUCUGUUUCAUUGAAGGAUCCUGUUGAUGGUUCUACUGCUGCGAAAACUUCAUCUGAGUCAGCUGGAAGGGAUGCUAAACCAUUGAAUGAUAAAGAAUCUUCUAAAACUUUGGCAACGGAGGAGUCAAUCUCUGAGUUCAUUACUCAAGUUUCAAGCCUUAUCAAACUUGUCGAUUCAAGAGAUAUUGUAGAGUUGCAACUGAAACAGCUCGACUGUGAAGUGGUGAUCCGGAAAAAGGAGGCCUUACCUCAACCAUCGCUUCCUCCUGCCGUUCCUCUAAUGUAUGCACCCCCACCUUCAGUAGCACAAUCAGCUCCUCCCCCUGCUCCUGCUGCUGCAUCAGCGCCUAAUUCUCCUGUUUCGACACCAUCUCCACCUCCUGAUACCAAGUCGACCAACUCCUCCCUUCCACCUCUUAAAUGUCCUAUGGCAGGCACAUUCUACCGUAGUCCAGGACCUGGAGAACCACCAUAUGUCAAGGUUGGAGAUAAAGUACAGAAGGGACAGGUCUUAUGCAUCAUUGAGGCCAUGAAAUUAAUGAACGAAAUAGAAGCCGACCAAUCAGGGACCAUAGUUGAGGUUGUUGCAGAGGAUGGGAAGCCCGUUAGUGUCGACACGCCUCUGUUCAUCAUCCAACCUUAAACAACGAAUCCCAUUUCAUUUACACGUGAUGAGUUAAGCAGAUAAGAUUAAGCUGAGUAUGGGAAGCAAAUUGAGUUUCCGAUCAAGGUCAGGUUGUGGAUUAUUAUGGUAGUUUCUUUUUUUGUUUUCCCAUUUUAAUCGAGUGUACCAAGAGAGAGAGAUUGUGUUCAUAAACGUCAGUUACUUCUCUAGUUUUAGUGGGAACUUUGGUUGUGAAAUUAGAUAUUUUUUUUCCUUAUCCUUUAAUAAAUACUUCUAUUUUGGUGCCUUCUUGAGUUGAUGAAAUGAAAGGCAGUUGAUCAAUCAUUUGGUAA